CUGUUAGUGAUAUUAAAGAGAAUAGUUUAGAAAGUGUAUUAGUGAAAUUAAAAAUAUACAAGAGUUAUCAUUUGCAAGUCGCUUUGUUAUUGUUUAUAUCGUUCGCGUUCAAUACAAUACAUAAUACUAAUUUUAUAUUCGUCACUGAGAAGGUUUCUUACAGAUGCAAACAUUACGCAGAUAAUACGUCAAAUAUAUGCGCGGAGUGGGAAUAUGAGAAUCCAAAUAGUUUUGUGGCCGAGUAUAAUUUAGCUAACCAGGAAUGGAAACGGACUCUCGUGGGAUCUAUGCACAGUCUGGGAAUUAUGGCCGGCUUACUGAUUGUGGGACCUUUAUCUGACAGGUUCGGCCGAAAGAACGUGCUUGUAGUGACGGGCACAUUGGGUGGUGUUUUUGGUGUAGCGAAGAGUUUUUCCCCUUCGUAUUGGUUGUACUGCGCGCUUGAAUUCCUGGAAGCUGCUAUUGGAGACUGUUGUUCGCCUUGCUAUAUUUUAAUGACAGAAAUAGUAUCUGGAAAUCAGAGAAUAAUUUUUACCCUAAUGUGCAUUUUGGGUCAUCCCUUUGGCACAUUCAUGACCGCUUUGGUGGCAUGGCUGUUUCCAUUCUGGAAGACAUAUCUACGCAUUCUCUAUGCACCCUGUUUCCUUUACGUGCUGUACAUAUUUUUCUUAGACGAAAGCCCUAGAUGGUUGCUUAUAAAGAAGAAAAAAGCAAAGGCUGCUGCGAUUUUAGAAAAAGCAGUAAAAAGAAAUAAUUUACUGGUGGAGAAGGAUAUUCUAGAAAAGAUUGCUUGUGAAGAUUGCGUUAGGACUGACUAUCUAAAUGUUCUUAAGACUACUUUUCAAUCGAAUUUGCUACGUAAAAGGUUUUUCGUGUGUUUAGUAUGGUGGACGACAUCUACAUUCGUGAACUACGGCAUGUCUAUAAAUGCUGUAACUCUGUAUGGAAAUAAAUAUGUUAAUUUUGCAUUACUUGGUAUCGUUGAAGCAUUAGGAAUGUUUAUGAUGACAUUUAUUAUGAUUCGUUUUAGAAGAAAAUAUCCAUUAAUGAGUUGCUUCUUCGCAGCUGCAAUAUUAUGCAUAUCUCAGCCAUUUGUACCGAAAAAUCUGUCGUGGCUGUCAAUAUUGCUCUACAUGAUCGGGAAGUUGAUGACUUCCUUAUAUUUCGGAAUAACAUACUUAUAUACGUCGGAAUUGUAUCCGACGUUGACCAGAAAUUCAAUGCACGCGCUUUGUUCAUCCAUAGGAAGAAUUGGUGCAAUCAUCGCUCCGCAGACGCCUUUGCUGAUGGAGUAUUGGUCAGGUUUUCCUCCUUUGAUCUUUGGUUUAGUGUCCACGUUCGCUGGUCUGCUGACAAUUACUGUACCGGAUAUAUCCAACGAAGCCUUACCGGAUACAGUGCGUCAAGCGGAAGAGUUGGGUGGUCAGGAUGUACAAAAGUUACAACAUACCGUAAAAGUCAAUGGUAUUCGAUAGAUAUUAAUGUGACGGAAAUAUUAAAAACAUACGCACACCUAAAGUCAAACAAUUGCACAAGUAUUUAGUCUCGCUUUGAUUCUUAUUACCUUACGAGUAUAUAGAGAUGCAACCACUACUUGAUUUUUAGUUGCAACAAAACAGUUGAAUUGGCUUCGAAACAAUCGACAAUCGCACAAUAGGUGUGCGAUAGUUUACUAAGGCGUGCGCUCGUUAAGCUGAAAUUUUAUAAAGAUAUCAAAGAAAUAAAAUAUUAGAUGUUUAGAGUACAUAAAAAAACGUAAAAUAAUGUGUUUAUUAUUAUUUUUAUAUUGUAAGGCGAACAAGCACGCGGCCACCUGUAUUCGUCAUCGUACCGAUUUUUGACCGACUUCCCAAAAGAAGGAGGUACUCAAUUCGUCUGUAUGUUUUUUUUUUAUGUUUUAAACACAAAAUACUUUGUGUUAAAUAGUUUCUCCACGGUGUUUUCGUCGCUUGUUUGUCCCCAUUUUGGUACAAAAAAUACUAAUAUAAAUGCGUAUUUUAUUUACAUAUUAAUUAGCGAUAACUAUAUUUGUAUUCUGCAUAUAAGUAUGUUA